UUACGUCAUUCAUCACAUUUUUAUUUUUUAUUUUAUUAAACUCCUGCGGAUGAAAAAGAUAUCUCUUUCUUCUUUUUGAUUUUAGUAAAUAAAAAUGGCCGAAGAAAAUAUUAACACCUUGGCAGAAAAGUACCAAGAGCUUCGUAACAUCCCUGGUAAAGUAGGAGGUGGAGAAUAUGAUGAAAGAGUGGAUUCACCAGAAGGAGAAAAAUACACCGUUUUAAAAGCGUUAGGUGAACAACUUGGUUUACCUGGAACCCCCGCUGCUGAUAUUUUAUCAAGACUUGGUAAGCCUGAUGAAAUGACUCCCUCUAUUGGACAACAAUCUGCUACCAUCCAAACCAUGCCAGGUCCUGUUAUUCCCGGAGGUUCAUCAGGUGAAAGUGCCCAAUCAUUUUAUUUUGUAUAUAAUAUUACUCCCAAGAAGGAUUAUCUUUACUUUAAGAUUGACCCUGUUAAAGAGACUGUCAUUACAUCAGGUUGGAACAGAUCCAACGAGUAAAAUACACAUACCUUUUUUUUUUGAAAUAAAGAAUUUUUGGAAAU